AUGUGGAAGGCACUUUUUUUGCUGGUCUUGUUGGCGCUCAGCCCUGGUGCUGAUGGGCUGUUUCGAUCCUUGUACAGAAAAGCCCAUGUUUCCAGACCACGUAAAGGAAACCCAGGACAGCCGUUAUUUCUGACUCCUUAUAUUGAAAGUGGGAAACUUGCAGAAGGGAGACAGUUGAGUUUGGUACCUCCUUUCCCAGGAUGGAAUUUGACAAGCUAUUCCGGCUACAUCACCGUGAAUAAGACUUACAACAGCAACAUUUUCUUCUGGUUCUUUCCUGCAAAGAUAGAGCCACAGAAAGCGCCUGUUGUCCUUUGGCUGCAAGGGGGGCCAGGAGGCUCAUCCAUGUUUGGUCUCUUUGUGGAACAUGGACCUUACAUUGUCAGAGAAAACAUGACUUUGGGUGCCAGAGACUUUCCUUGGACCACUACGUUUUCCAUGCUCUACGUUGAUAAUCCCGUGGGCACAGGUUUCAGUUUUACUGACCAUGUCCAUGGAUAUGCGAUAGAUGAGGAUGACGUGGCCCGAAACUUAUACAGUGCAUUAGUUCAGUUUUUCGAGUUGUUUUCUGACUAUAGAGACAAUGACUUUUAUGCCACUGGGGAGUCUUACGCUGGGAAGUAUGUGCCUGCCAUUGCCCACUACAUCCACAUACUCAACCCUGUGACGACCAUGAAGAUCAACCUGAAGGGAAUUGCUCUCGGAGACGCGUAUUCUGAUCCCAAGUCGAUCAUAGAGGGCUACCCAUCAUUCCUGUUCCAGAUUGGCUUGCUGGAUGAGCAGGAGAAAAAGCACUUCCAGAAGCAGUGCAAUGAUUGCGUGAAAUUCAUCCACCAUGAGAAGUGGCUUCAAGCCUUUGAAUUACUGGACCGACUACUAGACGGUGGCUUAAUAAGCGAACCUUCUUACUUCCAGAAUGUUACAGGAUGUUCUAAUUACUACAACCUUUUACUGUGCACGGAGCCUGAUGACCAAAGUUACUACGGGAAAUUUUUGUCCCUCCCCCACGUGAGACAAGCCAUCCAUGUGGGAAACCAGACUUUUAGUGAUGGAGCCAAAGUUGAAAAGUACUUGCGAGAAGAUACCGUCAAGUCGGUGAAACCAUGGUUAGCCGAAAUCAUGAAUAAUUACAAGGUUCUAAUCUACAAUGGCCAACUGGACGUCAUUGUGGCAGCUUCCCUAACAGAGCGCUCCUUGAUGGCCAUGGACUGGAAAGGAUCUCAGAAAUACAAGAAGGCAGAAAAAAAAGUUUGGAGGAUUCUUAAAUCUGAUCCUGAAGUGGCUGGUUAUGUACGGCAAGUGGAUAACUUCUGUCAGGUAAUUGUUCGAGGUGGAGGCCACAUUUUGCCCUAUGACCAGCCUCUGCGAGCUUUUGACAUGAUUAAUCGAUUCAUUUUUGGAAGAGGAUGGGAUCCUUAUUGA